AUGAAUAGAGAAACAAGUUUGAGGAGGGAGGAAAAAGUUGAAGCACGAGAACAAUCCAACAUAAACAACAUGACCAUGAAUAUAGCGAGAAAGAUAGAGAUCAACAUGAAGAAAACUAUUAUUGACAUGAUUUGUCUGAUAGAUGGAAGAGUUAUAGUAGUGGAACGAUGGGGUACAGUUAACCUAUUUUCUUCUGAUGGCAAACUACAGAAACAAUUACCUAUACCUGGUGAUGCGAGGAGUGUCACACAGAUAGAUCAGAACACUAUAGCUAUAACUUAUCAUAAUGAGAAAGCCAUUAAGAUCUUCAAUAUGGAGAAUGAAACAGUUACCAAAAUUAUCAAAUUAGGCAAAGUAUGCAGCGGUUUAUCAUUCUCCAAUAAUUCUCUGGCUGUAGGUUUGGAUUAUAAUGAAAUUCGUAUUUUAGACCUAGAAGGAAAUACACUGAAUUCAAUACAAGUUCAGAGUAAAUCAACACUGUUUAUCCUUGUUUACUGUAAUGACAGAGUAAUCUAUAUUGACUAUCUUGAUGGAGCUGUAUACUGUUAUGAUGGAUCAGGUAAACAGAUCUGGCGAUAUACACAGGAUUUAUCCUCACCAUAUGGACUUUGUACAGAUACUUAUGGUAACAUUAUUGUAGCAAACUAUUACUCUGAUAGUAUAACAGUAAUAUCAAAAGAUGGACAGAAUAGUAGAGUAUUGAUUAGUGAAGAGGAUGGACUGGUUCGACCUCAGUCUAAUAUCUAG